AUGGGGUCCCCGGGCCAGGCUCCCCUGGGCCCCAAGUAUGUGGGCCUCUGGGACUUCGAGGCCCACACAGCCGAGGAGCUGAGCUUCCGGGCAGGGGACCUCUUCCACGUGGCCAGAAAGGAGGAGGAGUGGCGGUGGACCGUGCUGCUGGACGGGGUGGGCAGGGCCCUGGCCGAGAAGGAGACGGUGGGGUUGGAGCCGUGGUUCUUUGGCCGGAUCUCUCACUCGGAAGCCCUGCACCGACUGCAGGCUGCGGGCACUGAGCUGGGGGCCUUCCUGAUGCGGGUCAGCGAGAAGCCGGGCGCCAACUGCGUCCUCUCGGUGCGGGACCAGCAGACCGUUUGCCAUUACAGGAUCUGGUGGCAGGACGGCCAGUUGCACCUCAAAGAGGCUGUGUCCUUCCCUGGCCUGCCUGAGCUCGUGGACCACCACGAGGCCCAGAGCCUGUCCCAUGGCCUGUGGCUGACCUCGCCCCGCCGAAAGCAUGAGCCAGAGCCCCUGCCCCACUGUGACGACUGGGAGAGGCUGCGGGAAGAGUUCACGCUCUGCAGGAAGCUGGGCUCUGGCUACUUUGGGGAGGUCUUCGAAGGGCUCUGGAAGGACAAGGUCCGAGUGGCCAUCAAGGUGAUCGUCCGAGCUGACCUUCUGCGUCAGCGCACGUUCCAGUCGGAGAUCCAGGCCAUGAAGAAGCUGCGGCACAGGCACGUCCUGGCACUGUACGCUGUGGCGUCCGUGGGGGACCCUGUGUACAUCAUCACAGAGCUCCUGCCCAAGGGGAGCCUGCUGGAGCUGCUGCGGGACUCCGAUGAGAAAACCCUGCCCACCUCGGAACUGGUGGGCAUUGCAGCACAGGUGGCCGAGGGCAUGUGCUACCUGGAAUCGCAGAAUUACAUCCACGGGGACCUGGCCGCCAGGAACAUCCUCGUGGGGGAAAACAACAUCUGCAAAAUCGGGGACUUCGGGCUGGCCAGGCUCAUCAAGCGUGUCUGAUUGCAAAACGUCUACCUCUCCCAUGACCACAGCAUCCUUUACAAGUGGACCGCCCCUGAGGCACUCUCCCGAGGGCAUUACUCCAUCAAAUCUGACAUCUGGUCCUUCGGGGUUCUCCUCCGUGAGAUUUUCAGCAGGGGUCAGAUGCCCUAUCCAGGUACUGGGCAUGUCCAUACCUUCCUGAGGGUAGAGGCGGGCUACCGCAUGCCCUGCCCCCUGAAGUGCCCGCCCACCACACACAAGCUGAUGCUCUCGUGCUGGCACAGGGACCCCGAGCAGAGGCCCCGCUUCAAAGGGCUGCGGGAAAAGCUCUCCAGCCUCAGAAGGUACGAGAACCUGCUCUGA